GUCGACUCUUCCCCUACUUUCUCUUCUAGCAUGUCAUGGCGAAUCGGAACAGCUGAAAGGAAAAGGCACGAAAACAUUUAUUUUUAUGGACUGAAGUACCGUAACUACUCGGUGUAAGACUGUAAUUCUUCGUCAUGUCGAGCUGAUUCAGUAUACAUUUAUUUGAAUGAAGACCGGCGAGAAAACCUGUGGGUUUUGUUAGCAGGUAAAUAGCAUAAUGCUACCAAGCCGGUUUGUUUUAGGUGAAUGGUUUAUUAUUAGCUAGCUAAAAUUCGUUAACUAGUUUAAUAUGAUUUCACUUGCUGUCGAGGAUUCACACUUAUCCAUAUUUCACAUGCCUUGUGUUCCAGCUCCAUACCAUGGAUGAAAGCAGCCUGGAGCAGGCCAUUGAGACCUACACCGCUCAGCUUCAGCAGGUGGAGGCCGCACUGGCCUGUGGACUCAGCUCCUCUGAUCAGACAGAUCUGCUCAAGCUGAAAGAGGAUCUGGUCCAGCUCAUCGAGCUCACCGAGUCCAGCCUGGUGUCUGUCAAGAAGAGCCAACUGUUGGCAUCACUUGAGGAUAUCACGACACAAGAGACUGCCCCUGCCAAAACCCAGGAACGACCCAAGGAGGUCAACUUGGACGAUGAGUUUAACGCCUUCUAUUCUGAGCUGUCUGAAGGUGCAAGUGAGGAAGCACAAGCUCCCGGACCAGAUGAGGAUGAAAAUGAGACUGAGGAGGAAGAAGACAUAAGUGGCACUAAAGUACGGGCGCCUUACUACACCUCAUGGGGGACGCUUGAGUACCACAACGCCAUGGUGGUGUGUUCUGAGGAGCCAGAUGGGGAAGAGUCUCGAGUUCGAGUGCUCUAUGUCCAUCCUACACACAAGGCCAUGAAACCCUGCAAUUUUUUCCUGGAAGGCAAAUGCCGCUUCAUGGACAGCUGCAGGUACUCUCAUGGGGAGGUGGUGUGUGUGUCGGAGCUAAGGGACUUUCUCGAAGCGGAUCUUACAAACUUGCAGCAGGGGUCCUCCUGUUUAGCCAAGCAUGAUGAUGGCAUCUGGUAUCCUGCCAAAAUUACAGAAAUCGAGGGAGGCUUCUACACUGUGAAGUUUGACUCGCUGCUGCUGAAGGAAGCCGUCCUGGAAGCCGAUUGUCUCAUUCCUCCUUUGCGACAGGACGAGAACUCCUCUUCGUCUUCCGAAUCGGAUGAUGAUCUUGAUCAGUGUGACGCAGGCUACGCCAAAGUGUUGAGUUCCAGUAAAGAAGAGGAAACUGUCACAGCGAACAGUGCUGAGUUCUGUGGCUGGGAGGCUCACACACGAGGAAUUGGGUCCAAGCUCUUGCUGAAGAUGGGCUAUGAGUUAGGAAAAGGUUUGGGGAAAACUCUUUCAGGCCGCGUGGAGCCCGUGCAGGCCGUGGUGCUCCCGAAAGGCCGCUCUCUGGACCAGUGUGCUGAGUUUACCCAGCGCAAGACUCAGGCUGCGGUCGCCAAAAACAAUCCCGCCUCGGGCAAACGGAAAAUGAAGAGAAAGCGGACUUCCAGCUCGACCCAGCCCAACGUGUUUGACUUUUUGAACUCUAAACUGGGAGAUUCCACUCGGCCUGCAUCGGCUCCUUCAUCCUCCGUCAGUGGUGUAGAGGCGUACCAGGGAGGAAAGGGCACCAAGCGCUCACUUAAUGUUCAACUCUUUCAGACCACAGAGAGGAUGAACCAGGUGGAGAGAGAAAUCCAGCGGCUCACUGACUCUCUGAACAGGAGAAACGGAAGGGAUGCUGCAGUUAUUAGUCAUGUGGAAGAGAGGCUCUCGGCAUCUCGUAAGCUGCUGCAGCAGCUGAAGGCUCAGGAGCGGUCUAUCCAGAGAGCUCAGAAAAAAGCAGAUACACACAAGAAAAUGACUGAAUUUUGACACAUGACUUUUUGCAUAAGGGAGUGUAAAUAAUUACCUGUGGUCUGUUUGUACUAAUGUUAUUAGAGCACCUGUUUAGGUCAAAAACAGUGCUUAAUUUCGAACUUUGUUUUAACAGAACAACCUCAUGAAACAUUUUACAAAACUGUAAAAUCUCCUCUUCUGUACAUUUUUUCUUUUUUAUGUUAAACUUUUAUUUCGGGAAUUCACCUCUGGAAUGGAAAUCAGUAAGAAAAAAGACGAUGGAUGAAUCACAAACAAUGUGUUUAAUUAAAUUUUGGUCCUGUUCUACAGUCUGUUUACUCAUGCUGGUAUUUAAUUAGCAUGUUAAUUACCUGCAGCAGGAUUAACCUGAAUACACAAAACUGGCAAAGUAUAGAGAAUAAAUACUUUCAGUAUUUUUGGUUAA